AUGGCACACCACCUGCACGCGGGAGCGGCGGUCUGGGUCCGGCGCCCCGCAGCGGGCGUUCAGAAUGGCGUAACGGCGGCGGCUUCGGAAUGGCUGCCGGCGGUGGUCACGUCCGCGGACGAGGGCGGCGCGGCAGCCGUGGCACUUGAGGGGUCUGGCGAGGUGGUGGCAUGCGCCCCGGCAGACAUUGAGUUGCGUGGCGAUGACUCAUGCGUGCAGGACCUGAUCCGCCUGGCGCACCUGAACGAGCCGUCCGUCCUGUCGGCCCUCGCGCGCCGCUACGCCGGCGGCCAGAUCUACACCAACACCGGCCGCGGCAUCAUCAUCGCCCUCAACCCCUUCACGCCAAUGCCACACCUAUACGACGCGGCGGCGAUGGAGGCUUACAGAUCUGAGGGCGCCGCCGGCGACGCGGUCGCGCGGGCGCCGCACGUCUACGCGGUCGCCAGCCAGGCUUACUGGCGGAUGCGGGGCGAGGGCAAGGGGCAGGCGCUGCUGGUCACCGGCGAGUCUGGCGCGGGCAAGACCGAGACCAGCAAGCUCAUCAUGAAGUACCUCGCAUUCCUGGGGGGCUACAAGUCCAAGGACAGCGACGACGGCGACGCCGCGCGGCCCAGCGUGGAGCAGCGCGUGCUGGAGAGCAACCCGCUGCUGGAGGCGUUUGGCAAUGCCAAGACAGUGCGCAACGACAACAGCUCGAGGUUUGGCAAAUACAUCGAGCUUCACUUCUGCGCCGCGGGGUCUAUCAGCGGGGCGCGCAUCCACACCUACCUGCUGGAGCGGUCGCGGCUGGUGGCGCCCAGCAAGGGGGAGCGCAACUACCACAUAUUCUACCAGCUCCUCGCCGGCGCGACCCGCGAGGAGCGCUCCCGCUGGGCCCUCGGCGCCUCCGCCGCCGCGCACCGCCUGACCGCCGCCGCCGGCUGCCUGGCCCUGCCCGGCGUCGACGACGCGCGCGACCUGCUGGUCACGCGCCACGCCAUGCGGGCGGUGGGGCUGGGGGCAGACGAGCAGGAGCGGCUGUUUUCGAUACUGUCUGCGCUGCUGCACCUGGGUGACGUGUCAUUCGACCCCUGCCCCGACGGCGGCGACGGCUGCGCCGUCGGCGGGCCCGCCGCCGCGAGCCUGGCGGCGGCGGCGGGGCUGCUGGGGUGCGGGGCGGCGGCGCUGACUAAGGCGGUGACGACGCGGACGCGGGUGACGCCGGACGGGCCGAUCGUGAGCCCGCUCGGCGCCAAGGCGGCGGCGGAGACGCGGGACGCGCUCUCAAAGGCAGCCCGGGCCGCGGCGCUGCUGCCGCCGCCGCUGCCCCGCUUCGGCGGCCCGCCCGCCGCUGCAGAUCCGCGCCGAAGAGAGGGUGUUAUCCAACAAACACCCCGCGGCGCCCGCGCGGUCAACGCGCCGCAGGUGAUCUACGCGCGGCUGUUUGACUGGCUGGUGGCGCGCAUCAACGAGGCUGUGGGGGAGGACCUGGUGGGUGCUUGA